AGGCACGUGUGCAAACGGUAUAUUUCUCGCGUUCUGAACAAGUAUUAAUUGAAUAGUAGAACAAGGUAUGUUUAUAAAAAUAACUUAGGUAUGGCUCGAUAUUUUAAUCAGAAGAAAAAACAUGUAAAACAAAAUUACAAUAAUGACAAUGUUGAUCGAUGGAAUUAUAGUAAAAGUGGCACAAAAAAUAGUCAUAUUUUUCGAAACGAAAAUUAUCCUAAUCGAAUUGGUCACAGACCUAGCCCUAAUGUACAUCAUACAAGUGAUAAGUUUAUACCGAUCUAUGCAAGUGAUGAAAGACUUGACGAUGAAAGUUUAAGGUAUUUUACGAGAGUGUUUGAAAGAGUAAAGUCAGGAUUUGACAAUGAAGAAGAAAAAGAAAUUUUUGUGGAGAAUGUUUCUGAACAGACGGAAGGGAAAGAAGUCAUGCUUUCUCGAAGCAAACUUGGCAGUUUUUGUAUGGAGCUUUUAUUGAAACUUGGUUGUUCUGAGGAAGUCAUCGUGAGGUUCAUGGAAGCUUUUGGCUCUGACUUGCGUCUUGUGUGCACUCAUCACUUUGCCAGUCAUGUUGUACAGUCUUUAGUUACUGCAGGAGUUCAACACAUACAGAAAUUUCACCACGAAAGUGAAGAGUCGACAAAUAAACGAGAUGAUGACGAGGAACCAACUGCCGAAGAAGAUAAAAGUGGAACCAUUAUUAACUGGAUCAUUAAGCUUUGCAAAUUUUGUUUGAACAACAUGGAUGAGUUUAUAACGGACAUUUAUGCAUGCUAUAUUCUACGUACACUUCUCGAGGCAGUCGCUGGAUAUCGGGUACCAGAAAAUAUUGCAAGGUGUGAGAAACAAAGUAAGAAGAAGAAGAAAUACUUACAACAUACUUUAAAAGGUGUUACCCCGAAUUCACCACCGUUGAACUACACUGUGCCUCAGAAGUUUCUUGAUAUUCUGAAACUGUUUGCGGAAAAUGUAACUAAAAGGGAGGACCUACAAGAGUGGAUACAGAGUAAGAAAGCUUCACCCGUUUUGCAGACUUUGCUGCUAGUACUUCAGAAACGUCACAUGAAAAUGUGUCAAAAACUUGUGAAAGUGAUCAUUAAACAAGCUUUCCACGGUGCCGAUGACGAAGGGCUUCCAGCACUCUUAACCAGCGAUAGUGGCUCGCACUUUGCUGAAAUCUUGUUAAUGGUUGCUUGUGAAAAGUAUCAAAAGCGUUUGUGGAAUAAAUACUUGAAAGGACACCUUGUGCAACUAACUAGACAUUUCUUCGCUAAUUUUGUUGUUCAGAAACUAUUGGAGUUCGUGAAGAGCAAGGAACAGGUAGU